CAAGAACAGAGAGAGCGCUGGGAUUAGAGGAGAGAGGGAAAACAGGGGUGGACGGACCUCCGGGUCAGCCCGGCCAGACGGCGGAGGGGAGAGAGGUCAACGAGUCCUGGACUGAUUUUCCUUCAACUUUUUAAAUACUUUUGUGGAGAAAAGAGAAAGAAAAAGCACCUCUGUCACGGUCUCUCCCGAGCGUGGAUUUGGGUUCCCCCUCUGACUCUGAGGGACAGCCAGACGCCGGUGGGACGGGGCGGGUCCGUGCAUGAUCCGCCGGCGGCGCGGCGCGUCUCGGAGAACAUGGCCAUGGUGAGCGGGGGAUGGGGCAACCCCAACGGGGACACCAACGGCCUGGGGGAGAAGGCUUACCUGCGGCGGGAGGAGGAGGACGGCUCGCCCCAGGCGGGCAGCAGCGACGUGGACGUCGGGGAAGAGGACAAGGCCUGCGUGGUGGACUGCGUGGUGUGCGGGGACAAGUCCAGCGGGAAGCACUACGGCGUGUUCACCUGCGAGGGCUGCAAGAGCUUCUUCAAGAGGAGCAUCCGACGAAACCUCAGCUACUCCUGCAGAUCCAACCGAGAAUGCCAAAUCGACCAGCAUCACCGCAACCAGUGCCAGUACUGCCGGCUGAAGAAGUGUUUCCGCGUCGGGAUGCGGAAAGAAGCAGUCCAGCGGGGUCGCAUCCCUCCGUCUCACUCAGGUAUCAGUCCCAACUCCCUGUCCGGGGGGGUGGGAGCCGCCGGUCCGGGUCACACGGCCGUGGACUUCUUCAACGGCCAGCCAGUGUCGGAGCUCAUCUCCCAGCUGCUGCGGGCCGAGCCGUACCCCAGCAGCCGCUACGGCGCCCCCUACAGCCAGACGCAGAUGCAGGUGUCGGCGGGCGGGGGCUCGGUCAUGGGCAUCGACAGCAUCUGUGAGCUGGCGGCACGGCUCCUCUUCAGCACCAUCGAGUGGGCCAGGAACAUCCCCUACUUCCCAGAACUGCCCGUCUCGGAGCAGGUGGCGCUGCUGAGGCUGAGCUGGAGCGAGCUGUUCAUCCUGAACGCGGCCCAGUCCGCCCUGCCUCUGCACAUGGCUCCCCUGCUGGCGGCGGCCGGCUUCCACUCGUCCCCCAUGUCGGCGGAGCGGGUGGUGUCCUUCAUGGACCAGGUCCGGGUCUUCCAGGACCAGGUGGACAAGCUGAACAGGCUGCAGGUGGACUCGGCCGAGUACAGCUGCCUGAAAGCCAUCGCUCUCUUCUCCCCCGAUGCCUGCGGCCUGACCGACCCGGCCCACGUGGAGUCCCUGCAGGAGAAGGCCCAGGUGGCGCUGACGGAGUACGAGAGGCUGCAGUAUCCCAACCAGCCCCAGCGCUUCGGCCGCCUGCUGCUGCGCCUGCCGGCCCUGCGAGCCGUGCCCGCCAACCUCAUCUCCCAGCUCUUCUUCAUGAGGCUGGUGGGCAAGACCCCCAUCGAGACGCUGAUCCGGGACAUGCAGCUAUCGGGGAGCUCCAUCAGCUGGCCCUACGCCCCGGGACAGUGAAACCCUGCUCCGACAGAGAGAGAGAGACGGGCCCAGAUCCUAUUUUGAGGAAUCAGAGCUCGCAUAGAUUUCACACAACAACAAAGUCACUGUUUCUGGAGUUUGAGAUCCCGUUUCGGGGAAGGAAGGGUCACAUUUCCCCCACAUUCUGUCUGUAAAGUUUGGUUGAAAUGACGCCAAAGAUUCUUUCAGGGAAACACAGUGUAAGAUUGUCUGUGAAGACGCUCCACCCGUGGGUUUUGCUCCCUCCUCUGGCAGGUCUCUCUCCGUCUCGCCCCGAGUGACUUUCACAUGAGGUCAUGUGAUUCUUCUACCUCCUCCCACAUGACCCCCGAUGUGACUCAGUCUGAACCCAGGCUUUGUGUGUGUUUUUUGUCUCUUCUUCGACCACAGACGAGAGCUGAACGGGGGACGCGUUGUGAAGAUCCUGCAUAAAGUUGUGUAUUGUUGUGUUUGUCUCGAACCCAGACGUAAGCUGAACAAACAGACUUUGUUACCGGAUGUAUUACUGAAGACUGCAACAUGAAAACACAGGAGCUGCUUUGUGUGUUUUUGCCCUAUGUAUGUAUAUACAGGCUAUAUUCUUUAUAAAAUAUACCUAAAGGAAUAGUUCAGUGGUUGAGGGAAUAAAAAAAAAAAGAAAAAAAGCACAUUUCUUUCCCCCUAAAUGUUGAACUAUCUUGUUUUGUUUUUUUGCUCCAGAGUGUCAAACUAUGUUGCGGAAGCUGCGAAUGUACUGCAACACACCCUGGUGGUUGAGACGUCCCCGUCUCACGUUAUUACCUCAUGUUUUCUACAUCAGAGGCACAGAUUGUACGCUGAACUACUCACAUGUUGACGAUAAAUCUAAAGGGAUCAAGCGAAGCUUCGCCGACAGAAGCCAAACGGGAGUAUUGUACUGAAAGCUCACGUUUAGGUUUUUCUGGUCGCCGUCUGCAGCUCGGACAUCGUUUCCUUUGCUUUUUCUAAGUGUAGAGGACGUUUAUUUUGUUUUACCUUUUUGACAGGUGUCACCCCUUUUUAAAAAGCCUCAUAAACAGAGGGAUACGUGAUUACUGAUAUGCGGGGUUCUCUGGUGUUAAAAUGUGAAGACGGAGUUUUGUCAUAUUGUGAGAAAAAAAAGGUACUUAGAAGCUCAUGACUGUUAAUGAACUUCCGCCCGGUGUAAAACAACGGUUUGCCAAAUUAAUUGAUGAAAAAAGUUAGAAAAUGUUGCCACAAGUAUGUUUUUGGGUGAAUUUUUUGUAUUUUACUUGUUAUAAUAUCCAGAAAAAAGGGGCAAGGAUGACCAUGAUUCCCAGUGCUGUUAAACAACUUCAUUGGUUCGUGUUUCUUUGUUGAAAUCUGAACUUUAGUUAUUUGUAGCUUCACAUUUUAAAGAUUUGUGUUUCUAUGACCAUGCCAAAACUAAAAAAGAUGCAAAAGAAGGUGAAGACUUUUUUAUUUCUUUUACGGUGGUGAAAACAAGUGUAUGCAUGUGAUUUCAAAUGUUUAUUUCACAUUGAAAUUGUUUAUAUGUUGUAAGCUCCGAAACUGUGAAGCAAAACUCUCUUUUCACAUUUUCUAGACUUAAUGAAUCAACCACUAAAGACAGAUUGCUAAUCAAA